AUGCAAAUGUACAUUGCAGAACAACCGAUAUCUAAGAGAACUUGCAAAAAAAUGUCGCAGGAAGCUUCACAAAAUAGAGGCAUAGAAUUUGAAAAAAAAGUCGUUAAUCUGCUAAAGAAUGUAGACGACCACAAAAAUUCAAGCUUUUCUGAAGUGUUAAAAAUUUUACAAAAUGCUCAAAUAGGAAGAUUCCUAUACAAGCUAAAAUUCGAGGUUCCAGAUGACUUAUAUGAUAAAUUAGGAAUCAAGAAUGUUAGGCUAAGACCUUUUAUUCCAGACUUUAUAGAAGUUAUCGAGGAGAGUGGUAAAAAAUGUCUAAUGAUAUGGGAUGCUAAAGCAACAAAGGAAAUACGCAUUUCGCAUCAGUUCCAAGUUACCAUGUACGCUUAUCUUUUAAAUCAUAUAACCAAAAAUAAUGUGUAUGGAAUUUCAAUUUCUCGAAAAGGUGGAAUAUUUUUACCAUCAGAAAAUGGCUUAAAACGUCAAACUUUCUCUAUAGAUCUUCCAAAAGUUGAACGAUUCUUAUGCAAAGAACUUCCACAGAUAGUAUCAACUCCGGAAGUUUCAUGGCAUUAUAAUUCUCGUUGUAAAGCUUGCGAAUUUGUAAAUGAAUGUCGCGAAGAAGCAAAAGGGACAAUUGCCAUGAUCCCAUAUUUAUCCAAAGGAGAUGCGUUAUAUUUAAAACAAGUUAUUCGAAAUGAAAGACGUGGUGAUAACCCAUAUAAACAUGAGCCAGAUUUUGAAGAAUUGGUUAGUUACGUAAAAAAUGGCCCAAAUGAUGACAAAGUAAAACAGAUUAUUAAAUAUGACAAGGAUAGCAAGAAAUCACCGUAUCUUGAAUCUAAAACAAAUGCUCAGUUUAUUCAUACUCCAACUAGGACCUUUCCUCAGCAUACCGAUCAUAAUCUCGUAAUUUCACUGUCUUUGGAUAAUUUUGUUUUACAUCCUUAUAGUUGGUCUAUAUGUCUUUAUGCUAGUGAUGGAAGUAUCAUAUUUCAGCGUGCUAGAACUAAUUCCAAAUCUGAAAAUGAAACUCUAUCAUCAUUCAUCUCUUUGAUGAAUAAAUUUGUUAUGUGUUUAGAAAAUGUGUUCAAUUUUCUAAGCGAGAAAAAUUCCUGUGCAUUUAUAUUUGUUUAUUCUGAACAAGAAAAGAUUGCAAUUCAAGACUCAUUACUUAAAUUAAUAACAUUGGAUCCCAAUCAAAUUUCUAAAAGCGAUCAGUAUAAAGCAAUGCAACGCAUCUUAAAUAUUUUUCAAUACCAUUCUUUCUUGUCAGCUUUUGGGAACAACGUUGAUAAAAGUUCAAAACUUCCUGAUGAACUAAGGGAGUUUCCUAGGCUUAUCGUUCUGGAACAAUCUUUGAAAGAAAAUAUUGCAAUAAAUACUCCAGGAUUUUAUCGAAUCAUUGAUGUUUGGGAACAAAUGGUGAGACCUACUUUAAAAAACAAUCAAAUAUUAGGCAACUUGGAAUUUUAUAUACAUAAGAUCGAUCUUGAAGACAUAUACACAGCAUGGGUUUCUACAACUGCAGACAAAGAAGUGAUUAAUAAAACCCAUUUAAUGAGAUCCAAAUUUGUUAAUUCUGUUAUUCAUGCUUAUUAUGCUCUUCUUAAAAAA